AUGCUUCUCACCAUAUUCUCUCUAUUCCUGCUGCUGCUGGCACCAGUCGCCGCCCAAUACGACACGUUCACCUUCAACAUGUCAUUCUUGUGUGGCCACCCGAAACAGUACACCUACGACAUCACCUUCAACAUUCGGGACGAGAAUCCGGAUCGAUCGAUUCGAGAGGGAGCCAUCGCGUCGGAAUCCGGUGAGGCUAACAUCGGGAUAACGGAGAUUUCAAAGACGGGAUUCUACGAGAAGGAGCUGUCGAGAGCGCCGGUUUGGGAGCCGGUGGUGGAGGUUCGUCAUACGUGUUUCGACGGUCAGAAGGGGUUCAAGACGAUUCUGUUGACGUUUCCGACGUGUCCGGCGUUGAGGAAUAAGACGAGAUAUGUGUACAAGUACUAUUUGGAUAUUACUGAUAAGAGUGGCAAUCGGGUCGCUGAUGCUGAGAUCACAUCGAUUGGACCUGGCGCCGCGGAGAAGAAGAAGAAAAAGAAGUAA